AUGAAGUUCGCGGCCCGUUGCGACGUGCUGGCGAUCCGCUGCCUUCUCGAGGUGCUGGCGGGCCCGGAGAACAUGAUCAACAACAGGGCCACGAGCAAGGGGCGCGUGGAGGCCAGCGUGCUGUUGGGGCGGCGCGCGGCCGGGCGCAUCACGGCAACCUACACGGUCAGCACGGGCAACAUCCAGGUGCAGGGCCCAGCGGCGGUGCUGGAGGAGGCGAUGGACAACCUCCAGGCCCUGGACAGCAUCUUCCACCAUCUGCUGACGGUGGGCACGGAAGGAGUGCCGGCGGCGCCGGUGGGGCUGGAGAAUGUCGUGGACGGCUUGCCGGAGGAGCCGUACACCUGCUACGUGGAGGCAGCCAGCGAGCUGGAGCAGGAGGACACGGUCAGCGUGACCAGCGCGUGGAAGCCGUUGCAGACGGUUCCAAGCGAGGAGGGCUACACGACGGCGAUCGAGAAGAUCAUGAACGAGGGGCUGGAGCAGCUGAAGGACUACCCGACGUGGCGCGAGAAGUUCGUGCGCACCAUGGUCGAGAGGUUCGGGGCAGCCCUGCCUUCUUCCUCGGACUGGGAGACGGUCUCGUCUCCAGGUGGAGCAUACACGUCACCGAAGUUGGAUGACGAGGACAUGGGCAACGGGGACACGAGGGGCGCCCGCACUACCUUGCGCAGUGCGUCGCGGCGUUCGGCCCGGUAG